UGAAACGAUAAAAGGUAGUAAGAGAAAGUCAGGACUCAGGAGACUGCGGAGACUUCAGUAGAACCUUUCCACAAAAGAAACUGUUAGUUGAGCUUGAACAUUGUUUGUUCAGUAGAGCUCUGGUUUUGAAGCUUUCUAGAUUCCCUUGGUUUCGUUUUUCUGUACGUUUUGGUUCGGCUUUCUGUAUCUUCUCUGAAACUUGGUUCUCUAAGACCAAAUGGACGGCGACGAAGUCCGUACGAUGACUCAUCCGCCCGAACAUGAGACCCCUGUCUUCAGGUGUCACAAAUGCGGUUGGCCCUUUCCCAACCAUCAUCCGAGCGCCAAGCAUCGACGGGCGCAUAAGAAAGUUUGUGGGGCUCUCGAUGGAUACAAGCUCAUUGAGCCGGAUCGAGACGAAGAAGAUUCCGGGAAUCUAAAGCGGAGUGAGUCAUUCGAGAGUGGACAUAAGAUGGUUGGUACAGAAGAGGACGAAUUUGCUGAUGCGGCGUUAGAAUUUACAGAAACGGUCGCUUCUCCUACAACUAAGUCUCUGGAGGUUACAACUGAACCUCUCGAGGUUUCAGGUGACAAUGUUGUAUCAUUACCUGUAGAGACAUUAGAGAGAACCGAGGAUGAAAGUGGCUAUGCUUCUGCUAUAUCUCCAGCUAUUGGUCCUUUUGAGAAGAACAACCAAACUAUUGAGAUUGUCACAGGCAGCACAGUAUUGUGCAUUGGACAGGCGAAGUACAUGUCACAAAAUGAAGAUUCUGAACAUGCAGAUCUGUAUCUUAAUUCUGAUCAAGUUGGAGAUACUGCAGGAGAAACUGGAAUUGGAUCUUCUGAUGAGAUAUUUGAGAGUCAAAAUGUAGAAGCAGAAGUGAAUGACUAUGCAUCUAAAGAUACAUCCGAUUCCAAAACUUCAACUCCAGAUCUAGAUAACAAUACUGUACUCUUUGAUAAUUCUGUCAUAUCCCCAAUAAAAUUUGAAGAACCAAUUAUUUCAUCUUCUGAAAGCAGCAUUCAAACUGUUGAGAUUUUCAUGGACAAUUCUAGAGUGUCUGGUGGACAGGAAAAAUGCAUCUUGCAAAAUAAAGAUUCUACACAUGUGUACCUAUUUGAUAAAUCGACUCAAGUUGGAGAUGCUACAGAAGAAAUUGGAAUUGGGUAUCCUGAUGAGGCUGUCAGCAGUCAGAAUAUAAAAGCAGUAGAUGAAUCUCCACCUAAAGAUGUCUCUAAUGCUAAAUCAUCAAUUCCUGUUCCAGGUAAAAGUACUGUAUCAUUACCUAUUGAAAUGUCAAAGAUAACAAAGGAUGAAAAUGGUUAUGCUUUUGACAUUGAAGCACCAGCUAAUGAUUCUAAGAGCAACCUCCAAACUGUUGAGGUUUCCGUGGGCAGAUCUAGGGUGUGCACAUUGCAAAAUGAAGAUUCUGAAAGUGUGGAUAUGUUUAUUAGUUCCACUCAAGCAGGAGAUGCUACAAGAGAAGUCAUAAUUGGGUUUCCUGAGGAGACUGUUGAGGAACAGAAUACAAAAACAGAAGCAAAAGAAAAUGUGCCUACAGAUACACCAAGUACUGGUGGAUCUUUAGAAGUUUCAGAAGUAAGUGGCACUAUUGAUUCUAAAGACCAUAUGGAACCAGAGAUACCUAUAGUCUCUGGAUGUAGUGAAGUCAGAGAGGAUAAAGAAAAUUAUUAUGAAGCUUUGAUGUUUGGGGAAGUUCAUUCAUGUCCUUUGCCAAGUACCAGAAUCAGGUGUCCUGAGGAGACUGUUGAGGAACAGAAUACAAAAUCUGAAGCAAAAGAAAAUAUUCCUACAGAUACACCAAGUACUGGUGGAUCUUUAGAAGUUUCAGAAGUAACUGGCAUUACGCUUAAUUCUAAAGACCCAAUGGAACCAGAGAUACUUAUAAUCUCUGGUUGUAAUGAAGUCAGAGAGGAAAAAGAAAAUCAUUUUGAAGCUUUGAUAUUUGGGGAAGUUCAUUCUUGUCCAUUUCCAAGUAAAACAGAUGAAAGUUCUGAUGUCUCUUCUUCAGUUGAGCAGGUUCUGGAGGAAAGAGAGACCAUAGACACAGUUGAAAAUGYAUGUAUUAAGCAGAAAACCGAUGCUUCUGAAUGUAAGGACACAACUAAUGACUUUAGUAAUGCUGAUAAAAUUCUUGUCAGAGAUUCUACUGAUAGUAUUAAUAAUAAUCCUGUGAGUUUGCAAAAUGACCGUGACAACAAUCUACUUAGACAUCAACUUGGCUCCUCUGAAGUUCUUUCCUCUAAUCUAGGACCUGCAUCAGAUGUUGCAAUUGAUUCUAGUAGCCAAGGGGAUAGCAUUGAAGGCCACUGGGGAUCUAUUUCCGAUGGAACAUUUUCUUCCACUAAAGAUGCUAUGGAAGAAACCAAUACACUUGUCCAUGCACAAAAGGUUGACAGAGAAAACACAGGGGAGAAUGGGUCAAAAGAACAGAAAAAGAAUGAACAGAUAAUCACUAAGGUCACCAAGAGAACUGAGAAACCACAUAAUACCUUGAAGAGCCUGCUUGUAGAAGGACAAGAUGAAAAAAAUCACAAGGCACAAGAUGGGGCUCCUCUAGAAGAUCCAAUGAGUGUCCUUGAUGUUAACCAUGAAAAAUUAGACAGAGUAAUGGAACAGAAUUCUCCUCAAACAUUUAAGGGAGAAAAAAGGAGAACCAAAGGAAAACCUUUGUGGGUAUCACUUCUGUGCUGCUUAUCUGUUAGUUAGACCAAUAACGGGAGUUUGUUCAUGGAGUCAACUUACAGAGUUUACAAGAUAUGGUGGAUUGUUUCUUUAUCUAUAUUAUAUGUUAUAUUUUUCUUUACUUCAAAUUAUUGGCGAUAUUCUUAGUCAUUGAAACCACUAAUUAUUCAUAAUUUGCAAUCAAGUUUGUUUCCGAAAUUGAAGAAGUGAUGGAUUGUUUCCAUAA